CGGGUCUUUCGGGAGAGCGAGCUGGGCGCCGCGUUGGUGCUGGGGACGCAAGCUGGGGGUCCCCCACGCUGGACUCUGAAAGCGGGCGACGGGGGUCCUCGAUUGGAGGCGAAAGGAUAUUUCCUGUGAAGGAGAGAAAGCCGGCCGAGGCCAGGCCCGGGGCUCCGGGUGGAGGCGGCCAGGCCGGCUUUGCUGUGGGACGGGUGGGCCACAGCUCGGGAGGGAAAGGCGCGGAGCAGCAGAACGAUGACUCAUUUACAAGCCGGUCUCUCUCCCGAGACCCUGGAGAAAGCCCGGCUGGAACUGAACGAGAACCCGGACACCUUGCACCAGGACAUCCAGGAGGUGAGGGACAUGGUCAUCACCAGGCCGGACAUCGGCUUCCUGCGCACCGACGAUGCGUUCAUCUUACGCUUUCUGCGGGCCAGGAAGUUUCACCACUUUGAGGCCUUCCGCCUCUUGGCCCAGUACUUCGAGUACCGGCAGCAGAACCUGGACAUGUUCAAGAGCUUCAAGGCCACAGACCCCGGCAUCAAGCAGGCGCUGAAGGACGGCUUCCCCGGGGGGCUCGCCAACCUGGACCACUAUGGCAGGAAGAUUCUAGUCCUUUUUGCCGCCAACUGGGAUCAGAGCAGGUACACGCUGGUGGAUAUCUUGCGUGCCAUCUUACUUUCUUUAGAAGCCAUGAUCGAAGAUCCUGAGCUUCAGGUCAAUGGGUUUGUUUUGAUCAUAGACUGGAGCAACUUCACUUUCAAGCAAGCCUCCAAACUCACGCCCAGCAUGCUGCGCUUGGCCAUCGAAGGCCUGCAGGACAGCUUCCCAGCGCGAUUUGGAGGGAUUCACUUCGUCAACCAGCCGUGGUACAUCCAUGCCCUGUACACUGUGAUCCGGCCCUUCCUGAAGGAGAAAACUCGGAAAAGGAUAUUCCUGCAUGGUAACAACCUGAACAGUCUGCACCAGCUCAUCCACCCCGAGAUCCUGCCUUCUGAGUUUGGGGGGAUGCUGCCCCCCUAUGACAUGGGCACGUGGGCGCGGACGCUGCUGGACCACGAGUACGACGAGGACAGCGAGCACAGCGCGGACCCGUACGGCACGCCGGCGAAGGAGGUGGAGAAGGGGCUAUCCCCCAAGUCCAUGAAGAGGUCCCAGUCCGUGCUGGACCCCACGGUCCUGAUGCACAUGGAUAAAAGCGAGGAGGAGAACAUGCAGCCUUUGCUCUCUCUGGACUGAGCUCCGCGCCCACCCAAGCCGCGAAGCGCGAGAGAGGGCACGGUGGGGAGCCCCGGGCCAGCGCACCGUAAUGAGCUGCAAACUCACUUAUUCGUGUUAAUGUAGCGUAAUCUAUACUACGGCACCCGCCCUUCCCAUCUGCUGGAACCGUGGGUGCCCUGGGCUGGAUUUUUUUAAAAGUCAAUAAUUUAUUCUGUAAGUGCCAAGUUCUUUGUAAAUACAAUGUAAUUUCAUGUCAAGUUUGUAAAUUUUGGUAGUCAUUGACUUUGGGAGAGAUUGACAUCAAAGUUUGAGCCAGUGAGAUGAACUCUAAGCAAAAGCAGAAAAUGCGCAUAAACUACCAGUACUGGUUAAACGUAGCCGUAAUUCCGAUGAAGCCGCAUUUCUGCUAUCAUGGUGAAUUGUUUCAUUGUUUCCCUCUGCAACUCCGUGGACACAGGGAACGAAAUCGUUCUAGGAAAUGAGGAGGUGGCUGUUACUGUCCGAUGGAGAGAUUGUCUCUCUGGAGCAGAUGUAGCCCAGGAUGUGCACAGGACUCGCACUCGUGUCUCGGGCAGCAGAUCCGCAGGUGUAGUAAAUCCGGACUCAGCUCCGCCGUUCAGUUUCCACAGUCUCGUACACAGGUCUGUUUCCAUCUAAGAUUCGGAAUCCCGAAAGAGAGGAGAUUCUUCCUACACUGCUGUCUUCACAACCCUCACAUAUUCUGUCUGGUAUACUUGGAGAGUAUUUCCCUCCAAAACUCUGACGGAGAAAAUGAGAACUCACAUGUGAACAGUGUUCUGACAGCUAAUUCCGAACAUAAAAUCUGCCACUUACAAAUAAGGGUCUAAUUUCUAAUUAUUGUGCACCUGCUGAAAAUAUAUAUAUUCACACACAACAUAUUUUUGCUGAGCUCUGAUAAAUCCCUGAUGUGACAGGCUUAUAAAAGAAAUCAUAUAUAUGAAAGAUUGUAGAGAUGUUAUACAUAAUUACAUGGGAUACUAAUUCUGCAAAACCACUGAAGUUAAUGAAAACAAGAAACAGUGAAACAGACUGUAGUGUACCUCUUUAAGGGAAUUCCAAUAUUCUUUCUAAUGCUAUCUUGAAUAUGUGCCACUUUAGUGAAAUAUAUUUUUCCUUAAAAGAAGCAAGAGGUCUCAAUACAGUAUAGAUAUCAGGUGACAAUAAAAUAGUUUUCCUCAGAUUAAAUCCUAGUGUUCCUGUAUUUCACGUUUUCUUUUCAGAAAAGAUUGAAAGAAUACAUUCCUUGUGGAGACAUUUUGAAAGCAUCUGAGGGUAUCUAAACUAGAAGACCUGUUCAGACAUAAAAUCUGUACAUUGUUUAAAAUUUUCUUGCUGAAAAUCUUACAGUUACAGCAAGUUUAAAAUCCUAUUUUAAGUUUUAAAGCCCAAUGUAAAAAGCAAGAUUUUAAUCACUUUUCAAAAUAUGAAUUUUGAGAUUGAGAGUUUAGCAUGAAUGUAUUCUUUGGGGGGAAAAAAAAUCUCCAAGAAUUCUUGGAAACCAACAAAACAGUAAAAGUAUGUAAGAGCCUCUGCAUACUUUUUAGACAAGAAAUUCUGGUUCCAAAUCUACAGCCAAAAAUCUCCAGACCAAAUCAGUAUUCCAAUCAAUGUUUCAAUGAAACAGGCUUGUUAAGGUGCAUAAAUUAACAAGAGCAAAAGACACUCUUAGAGUGGCAACUUCCAAUCAAGGACAGAGAAUAAUGAAUUUAAGGCGCUGUUCUCCCCUUUACUGUUCCAGAGCCCGGAACCACCUGGGAUUAAAGUUGAAGCAGUUCUUGUAAGAACCUAGUCAUUGAUAUGCCUAAUGUUUUGGGUAAUUGGCAUGCGUACCACAGCCCUGGGCUUGUUGUUCUACAUAACUUUGUAUAAGCAGAAGGAUCUCUUGGAAUAAAUAGAAAUAAUGCGAGUACAGUGCAGAAGGGCAAUCAGCUGUUUGUUUCCUUGAGUUUCUCUGGCUGUGCAUCAUCUCCUCUGUUGCCAGUGUUCAGAACCCUACCAGCUUCUGAUGUCCACCUGCACAGACAGUUUCAUCCCUCCGUCACACACUUAGUGUCAUACGUAACAAGACCUAGUAUCAUUUACGAGUCUCCCUGACCCGUGUUCGUAGAUUUCGCAUUCCCAUGGCUGCCUUCUGCUAUUCUUCAGAUGAGCAAUUGAGGGCUGGCUAGGUUGUAUAACAUACUUAAAAGUGAAUGAAAAAAAUGACAGUGAUGACUUUUGAAGUUGUUCUCUCUAGCUUGGUCUGCGAGUCUGUUUCUCCUUCCAGCAAUGUUUUCGAAGCCGCUUAGUGAAGGGAUGUUUUUGUUCCACUUUGUCACUGCUCCUCAGCACCAGCUAGCUGGCACUAUUCAGGUGUUUUCCCUCUUUAUUAUAUUGCCUAGUAAAUGAGCAUGCUGUCUUUAUUCUUUCCCUUUAGCUGCAAUAGUACAGUUCCCUAUUCCACUCAUACACACAUACCCAGGACGUGUCUAAUGACUUUGCCUCUGCAUUUUGAGAGCUACACUUUGCUUUUUCAGUUGUCUUGUUAUUUGAAAUGUGUGAAAAGAGCUACCACACAGACUUGGUUUAAAUAGUCUAUUCGCCCAUUGACUACUUUUUGCUUUUCUCAGUGCUAGGGCUCAAAACCAAGGCCUGGGGCAUGCUGGGUGAGGGCUCUACCGCUGGGACCCUGUUUACAUCUCUCAUGCUGUCUCUGACGUCUUCUACUUCUCAUUUCUGUCUUUCAGCUGUUUUGGGGCCACUGCUUCCAAAACUGGUUUAAAAAUAAAUCACGCCCCUUAUCGUGUCAUCAGUGAUAGUUGCACAGAUUUUGAGUACUGUUUAAAACAGAAGAGAUUAUCAUAAAAAUAUAUGUUAAAAAUAUGAAGAAGUGCCUCUUUGAAAAUGGAAUAAAGCAGUGAUACUGGCAUAUAGAUUUUAUCUGUGCUGUCUUCUAAAAAGUCCGUGUGUACACCUGUAUUAGAAGGGUAAAACAGAUAUGAUUUGGAGAUAUACAUUUGAGAGUUUUCUGUCAAUAUUCUCAUACAGUAUUAAGUCUAUUGUGUAAGUGUGAUACAGUAACUUUAAUCCGUGCUAUUUACAAACCAACACUACGCCAAUGCAAUUUACAAAUAUCAAAUAGAGUUUUCCAGCAAGUUCCUGAAAUGGCCAUGCAUGAUUUCUUUUUAUUUCAAUAAUAGUUUACUAAGUGUAGACAGAGGCAUUUUGUAAGUCUUUCUAUAUAAAAAUGCUUGUUUUUAAUAUUAAAAUUCACACAUUCACAUACAGAAAAGUCAAGCAAGUAGACUCUUUUUCAUAUUGUUAACUUGGUCACGUUGUUAAACAUUUCAAGUUCCUGUAAUAGUCCUAAGGGAAUAGAAAUCUCUCCAUUGUAUCAAGAAAAUGGAGCGUUGUGUUAGACUCUGGGGAACAUGUUCAUGACUCGUCACAAAAAGAAACCUUUAGGGCCAGGGCAGAGGGUCUUCACACCCAGGCUUCUGUUGCUUCCAUAAACAGCCUAAAGGUUUAUGAGAUGUCUGUGAUCCUUUGAAUAAGUCAUAUCGAGGAAAUCUACGUAGAGGCUGCACACUCUUGUGUUGUUUUAUUUAAGGUCUACCUUGUCUGGCUGGUUAAUAAAGUCUCUUUUGUUCUUUUUCUUGUAUAUAUUUAUUAAUGAUUCAUUGAAAGGCUGCCACCAGCCAUGGCAAUAUUCCAGAAAUAUUUCAACACAGAAUAAAAUGAGAAGCUUUCUGGUAUGAGGUCUGAAAUUUAGAUAUGGUGUUUACACAUUUGAUUUCAGUAAGCUCAUGAACCUGUAUUCCAUUUUAGACUAGGUCAAUGGCCUAAAACUCAGCAGUGCAUUUUAAAUUUGUCGGGCCAUUAGAUCGUUCAAGAAAAAGUGGAUUACAUACAGAUAUAUUGGAACAAAAAUGCGUAAAUAUUCUGGGUAUAUAUUAUCUUCAGUAAUGAAAAGGAUUUUUUUCUCUUAUUUUGUGUUCGUUGAAAAGCUGCUUGUCGUAUGUGGUUAGAAGUACCUGACGUGAUGUGUUACUUGAUGGGGAAGAAAGCAGAAAUGCAGAAGAACCCUGGCUUUGUAACAGGAUGAGUCAUGGUCUCAGCAGCUUACAGAAUAUAUAGUUUUUCACAGAUUGAAAUUUUUACUUCAAAAGUAUCUGGAUGCUGACCCUACACAUAAAAAUAAUAUUGUGAAGACUAUAAUUUGGCAAAUAGGGGAUUGGAUUCCCCAGAGUAUAGGGAAAAAAAUCAAAUAGAAAUUCUGUUUGUUGAAACACUGUAAUUAGACCUUUUAUUCAAAAAGGAUGGAGCACAAAUGAGAUUGCUAAAGUAAAAAGAUAUUGAGAAGCCAAAUAAUUAUAGAUACAACAGUGACUUCGGUAUUACGUACUGAAUGGUUUUAACAGUUUGCAAGCGGUUUUGUCAGCAUUUGAUUAGUUUCAAGCCUCAACGAAAGUAUUUCUGUUCUUAAUAAUAUAAGUACAUUGAUUCUGUCAAAAUUAUUCUUUUAGUAAAUUAAAUAGACCUAGAUGAAAUUUAAACUAAAGUUUGACAAAUCUUCUAAGCAUGAACCAAUCCCCAAGUAUUUGAAAAAUUUCAGUGAGCUGUGAUUGGCGUAUUUAUUGCAGUAUACAAAUCAGUGUCUUGUUUCUAACGCAGUUUUUUCCUUUAAAGUUAAAUAAAGCCUCAAAAACCAAAUAACUUUUGUUUUACAAUUUACCUAAGAGAAAAUUAUACAAGUUUUGGCAGACUGUGAAGCACACUAUUUUUAUUUGGCUUAGUUGCUGUUGCUGUUUUUGAGCCUCCUCACACUUCUGUGCGAUUGAAGGGGGUUAUUCCAGUGGGACACUAUAACAUAAAACACUUGAGGGGCCAGGGAUUUAGCUUAGUGGUUCGGUGGCCUGCCUUGCAAGUGCAAGGACCC